AUGAACCUGGAGAACCAGGAGAACUCGGCGUCGCUGGGAAAGCUCCUUGAGCUGCACGCCUCCAUCUACAAUGCCCUCACAAACCCAGAUCUCGAUGUCAAUAUCCCCAAUUCUCCUGGUCCCAUGGACCUGAGACUCACAUCCACCUUCCUGCUGUGGCAGAACCUCCACCUUCCUGAAUCCGUGACACGUCUGUUGUUUGCAGCUCGCUCCAGCGGAUCUCCAAGCUCCUUCAGACCGCUGCUGCUGAUUUUGCUGUCGGAGGACGAAAGCAUGGUGCUCGUGCCCCUGGCCAAAGGUCUGGUGAUGGUCUUUGAGACUGACGAGGAGUCCGAGGCAGAAGAGCUUCCAGAAAUGCCCAAGAAGUACGGCUCGUGCCCACAGUUUAACGACGACGACUCCACGUUGACCGAGGAGAGGCCAGAACGCAAGAUAGCCCUCCCCCUGAAUCCCUCCUUCAUCAUGCCCAAGAUUUCCUUAUCUGAUCCACAGCACCGCUACCGCCUCACCAUCGUCACCUCUGGCAACAGCAACAUGAAGAGCCAGACGCUGAAGCUCACUGCUUUCUUCAGAGACGCAUUUGGCCUGUUGAUGCAGCGCAUCCAGAUCUCUCACUUGGCGGUCUCAAGCAAACCGCUGAAGCUCGAUGUGUCCAUGCUUCAGUCUUCAGAUUUGGUGUUUAUUGUCAAUGACGGCACUAUGGCCAUCCCUGAGGUUCUUUUAGCCGCCGCUGAGGGCCAGAAAGAUCUCCCAAAGCUCACCAUAAUUAACAUUGUCACCACCAACUAUUUCGUCAAUCUUGUCGACUUGAUCUCCGCCUGGCGGCCCUUCCAAAUCUGGAAAUGUCCUUCUUUGUACAGCGACACGUUCCUUACGAGAAUCAAGAGCUUCGUGGAAGACGAGCUCCUCGACACUUCUGGCGGCCGGUACGCCAAGGAGUUCGAAGCACACAAGAAGAAGCACCAGCGUGGAGAGACGGCUGAUGAUAAUGUCGUGGAUGGAGAAGCCCUCAAUGCCUCCAAUUCCAUGUAUGACAGCUUGGUAAGGCCUAGCAAGCCAUACUACAAGGGCAUCGAGCGGCAGAUUCGUUCUGAGCUUCUGAUGUCCCAAAGCUUCAGCAACACAGACCCGUUGAGGCUCUCCUCGGACGCACACAGCUUUGCACACAUUUAUCGUAUCGCCAAGGCUCUCUUGGGUAUUCACAACUCCAGCGACGAUUCACAGCUCCAGCGUGUGGGCGGCUCUCAAAGCCUCACUUCUUGGAUCUGGUCUUUAGUGCCUGCCAGGAACGUAUGGCUAAUUUGCAGCUUUUCCAUGGGUCUUGGAGUUGGAGUGACUGUGGCCAGUGGUGCGGCUAGUGUGUUUGCCGUUUAUUUCUACGAUUCAGCUAAGGUUUACGCUUCGGCUGCAUGCGAGAAGAUACUUCAUAAGGUAUCAACGCCACGGGUUCCACUGAAUGUGGUUGCAGAGGUUAAGUCGUUGGACAAGUUUGCAGAAGCGUUUGGUAACAGCAUCGUGAGCUGGACUCACGGUGUCAUCGAUGCAACUAUGAGCUUGUUAGAUACAAAGUUCGUCUCCGACAUGUUGGUUUGGCUCAACACAUACGUUCAGAAUGUCAAAUCACUCAGCUCGGUAGCUAUGGCGGCCGCACAGAAUGGAGUCGAGAAAACCAUACGGCUCUUCUCUAGUGCCAUCAACAUCAUGCCAUAG